AUGUCGCGCGGUGGAACCACCCUCUACGUGACUGGCUUCAGCCACGGCACUCGCGCCCGAGACCUCGCCUACGAAUUCGAACGCUAUGGACACCUCGUCCGCUGCGACAUCCCUGCUCCUCGUUCGGCCUCUAGCAGACUGUUCGCCUUCGUUGAGUACGAGGACCGCCGCGACGCUGACGAUGCUUACCAUGAGAUGCACAACAAGCGCAUCGGCCGCGACGACAUCCUGAAGAUCGAGUGGGCUCGUACUCCUCCUUCUGCUUCCUGGCGCUUCGACUCUGGCCGGGACCGUGAGCGUGCUCCCCGCCGUUCCUCUCCUCGCCGUGGCCGUUCGCCCUCUCCCCGUCGCAGCACCCGCGACUACUCCCCCAGAAAGGAUGACCGUCGUGACCGCGACCGCGACUACGACCGCGAACGCCGUGACACCCGCGACCGCUCCCGAAGCCCUGACCGACGGUUCGUAGCCCCUCCGAGGUUCCGCGUGGAUCCAAUGGACAUACUGACAUUAUAUCGUGGUAGUGACCGGGAUCCCAAGGAGGAUCGCGAGGAGCGUGAACCCCGCGAGAACGGUACCAAUGGCGACGACCGAAAGGCCGUUGACAGUCCUCCCCCUGCUCAUGACGACCUGGAUGUCGCAGAGUGA